CGAUAACUUGAAUUAAAGCGAAAAGCAUCAAUAAGAGAAGAAAAUAAGUUAAAAACAAUGGCUUUUAAGUUUGUAAUCUUGUGCGUUGCAUUGGCAGCUGUUAAUGCUGGAGUCAUUGAAACUGGAUGGCAACCAAAUCCAUGGAAUCCACAUGCUGCCACAAUCGUUAAGCAGCCCGCAAUCAUUAAGCAGGUAGUUCAUGAAGAACCAGCAAACUAUGAAUUUAACUAUGAAGUUCAUGACACACAAACUGGAGAUAUCAAGCGUCAACAUGAAAAGGCAGUAAAUGGUGCAAUCUCAGGACAAUACUCAUUAGUUGAUCCAGAUGGUUUCAGACGUGUUGUUUCAUAUACAGCUGAUGAUCAUCAUGGUUUCCAAGCUAAUGUACAACGUGAACCAGUUGACCACAAACUCGUUGCUCCAGCACAUGGAUGGCAAGCAAAACCCGCUCACGGAUGGCAAGCACCAACAGUCACAAAGAUAAUCGCCGCAGCACCAAGUCACGGUUGGGAAGCUAAACCACAAUGGCAAGCACCAGCUGUCGUGAAAGUACAAGCACCAACACAUGGAUGGCAAGCAAAACCUGCUCACGGAUGGCAAGCACCAACAGUCACUAAGAUAAUCGCCGCAGCACCAAGUCACGGUUGGGAAGCUAAACCACAAUGGCAAGCACCAGCUGUCGUGAAAGUACAAGCACCAAGUCAUGGAUGGGAAGCAAAACCACAAUGGCAGGCACCAACAGUCACAAAAAUCAUCUCACCAGCUCCAAGUCACGGAUGGCAAGCAGCUACAGCUCAUGGAUGGCAAGCACCAACUGUUGUGAAAGUUCAAGCACCAAGUCAUGGAUGGCAAUCAAAACCAUGGGCUUAAAUAGUUCUUUAGCACAAUGUAAAUUAUCAAACGCUUAAUCAAUCUCAUAGGAAUAUAGGCAUACGAAGUAAAAAUAAUGAGGAAAUGUAUAAAAUUUGUAAAUUUGAAACUACAGUGUAAUGUAAUAGAAAAAUUGAAAAAUACAUUAAAAAU